AUGGGAUUCAAACCUCUCACUAAUGUAUUCCAAGCACAACAAGCAUUGGACAGCCAAAGCAAUAUGGGGGUGGUAUUAACUACGUGCAGAUAUGUUGUAGACAUUCCUGAUGGCAAGUCUCAACCGAGCGGAUUCCCCGGUAUCUCUUCCUGUCAAAAUGAUGCCACUGGUUUGGCUACAGACACCUCUGGAUCGUCUGCCGAAAGCACUGGUGACUCUGACGAUCAGAAUGACCUUCAGGAAUGGGAGCUGGACACUGAAGUGAGCAGUGUGCCUGUUGUUGCGUGUUAUCCUGAGCUGAAAACUGAUCCCGAGUAUGAGGAAGAGGAUUGGGAUAAAGAGCUGGAGGAUUCCCAAUGUAACCCGUAUGAUGCUGAAGAUCUUCACUGGGGAAGUCUUCAAGAAAACAAUCUGCUGGCACCAGGUCUGUGGCAAGAAGAGUCAUUGUUCAACCCAGUUGGUCACCAUCCUCUUCCUCUGGCUUUGAAGCCACCAAAUAGAGUCUCUGAGAUUGGCCAAUUUGAUGACGCAGAUGAGUGA